AGAGAAAACAGAACCCUAGCUAGCUCAAAAAAAAAAAGGACCCUACCUAGCUCUUCCUUCCUUCUGCACUACACAUCAGUCCGGCGGCUGCGACGGAGUUCAGCAGCGGAGGCUCUCCGAAUCGGCACAUCAACCAGUGAGCUCUCGCAAUAAACCCUAGCUAGCAAGGUGGAUGGAUCUAGGUUGAUGAUGAUGGCGCAGCCCACGCGGUGGAUGCUGGCUCCUCUGCUUCGACUGGAUCAAAGAAAGGGGCACUGAAUCUGUCGGGAAUUUGGUUAUCAAAGGAACAAGUAACAUCGGGCAUUCAAUCGAUACACACAUCCUCCGAGCUUCCACUCUCUACAUUCAGAUGGCACAAAAUCAUUCCUCACCGCUGGACAACGAGGAUCUCCUCCAGGAAAUCCUCCUCCGCCUCCCUCCGAAGCCGUCCUCUCUCCCCCGCGCCUCCCUCGUCUGCAAGCGCUGGCGGUGCAUCAUCUCUGACCCCCGAUUCCCCCGCCGCUUCCGCAAACACCACAGGAAACCCCUGCUCCUAGGCUUCUUUGACAAAGAAAUUGGCAAAGUUCCUGUCUUCACUCCUAUGCUGGAUCCGCCUGACCGCAUCCCUGUUGCGCUCCCGGAGAACCUCCUUGGUCGGGAACCGUGGGGACACCUCUGCUUCUCCUUCCAUGGCUGCCGCGAUGGCAUCGCACUCUUCCUUGACCACCAGCGCAAUGAGGCCAUCUUGUGGGAUCCACUCACCAGUGUCCAGUGUUGCGUUGCUUUUCCACCGUGGUUCUUGGAUGGCAUUGGCAAAGAUUGCUCCAUUCAGAACGCCACGGUAUUGUGCCCUGCCGCCGACAAUCAGCACGAGCACAGUGGUUCCCACAUGAGCCCAUUCAAACUGGUAUUCGCAUUUCAUGAUGCUAAGGCCAGAAACGAAUUCAUUUGCAUAUAUGAAUCCAAGUCUGGUGUUUGGGGAGAUAUUAUCCCCACAAGGACUGCAUAUGUGAUUUCUGGGUACAGGCCUAGCAUUUUGGUUGGGAAUGCACUUUGCUGGUUGCUUGAGGGAGGAAACAUCCUUAAGUUUGAUUUCGGAAAGCACACCCUUGCUGUGAUUGAGAAGCCGGCAGACACCCAUGCUGCUGGUUGCGAGUACGUCCACUCGUCUCACUCGUCCUUUCAGAUCUUACGAGGAGAGGAUAAUGGUAUCGGCCUCGCCGUUUUGUCAACGUUAGAACUGAGUAUUCAGUUAUGGGUGAGGAAGUCCAAGUGUGAUGGUGUUUUCUCAUGGGUACUACAGAACACUGUCCAACUGGAUGAGCUCUUUUCACGACCCGCACGCGUCAGACAGCUGGUCUUCAUGUUGGGGUACGAUGAGGACACAAAUGUGAUCUUUCUGUCUUCAGAUUCUCACGACUUCAUCCUCCAACUUGAGUCCAUGCAGUUCAACUAUAUUGGUAGAAGAAAAUACAGGAGUCCCAGAGAGUCUUGUCCAUACACAAAUUUCUGUACAGCAGUAGUCAGGAGCACUGCUGGCGGUGAUGGUGGAGCUGAAAAUGUGAACACGUGAUACAGGUGAUGUCAGUUUAUCUUUUUUACUUUGUGUAAUUGUGUAAAUCUUUUGCUCGGUUAUUUAAGUAAUACGUUGAUGUGUGAUCACUUGUUUGAGGUCUCUAUGAGCAUCAAUUUCAUGAAUUUCUAAACUGGCUAGUUCUUGCAUUCCGAGAAAGCCAUAGCUAUGAGCUUGAUACUGAAUUCUUACGCUUUCUACUCCAUGAACAGAAAAUAGAACUGGAAUGACUUGAUAAAUCUUGGAAGUUCAUUAUUUGCCUCUGAUGGGUGCAUCGAGUAGUUGAUCUCUUAGUUUCUACUCUGAUAAUAUGUAGUUCUGUAUGCAUAAACUCGAGACCAUGUCAAUAAUGGAUGAUAAAUGAGUGCCAAUACAAAACUUAAUAUUUUCUAUCACCAUCAUUAUUCGCUAGGAUGAUGUUAGUUUUGCCUCGUAAUGUUGGGAUGAAUCAGCUUCGGAUAGUUCUGUAUAAUAAUUUGUUGGUAAAGUUGUGUUGCUGGAAUCAUACAAAUCUCACUUAUCUGUUGCAAAUUGGUUUCAAUAAUGAUAUCGAUUGCUCUGCAGGUAUCUAUUAAAUCCUCAUUGCCGAGACGCAGAAAUGGCUAUCUGCUCUAGGUUCUGCAUGUCUUGUAUUGUGUGGCCUGUGAUGGGGUGUCGACGCUGAGUCCUCUAUGUACUAUGUCGUUUCUUCCGUAAUGUAUGCUGUGGCUUUCAAAGCUGGCUUGUAGGACUCUAAUCGUGUAAUUUGCUAACUUCUCCCACUUUAUCAUUACUAUCUAAUAUCUCGUAGACCACUAUGUAUGUUCAGAGUGAGUCAGAUAUGCACUUCGGUUAUUUGUCUGA